AUGGAUAUGUUGAAAGGUGAACCCGAAGAACCAAAACGAGAAAUAUUAUCGGAAAAAAAUAAUAUUAAUUAUGAUACUACUCAAUAUUCUUACGCAAAUGAAAAAGUAAUUGAAGACAUAAAAUUACCACCAACUUAUCAUCGUAAGCGAGAAAAUAAAGCUGACAUUGAAGAAAAUAUUUCAAGUAAAAAGACAAAAUGUGAGACGAAUGAUCCUAAUGCAGAAAAUCUACAACUAAGAAACAAUAGUGAAAAUUUUUCCUUCGAGUUUUUUCCCCCUUCUGAUAAUAUUAAUAAAGAGCUUGAAGACAACGACGAAGAAAUUAAAUUUGAUCUAAAAAACAUUUCAAUAGAGUUGAAGCGUGAACCAAAAGCUAAGUGGGAAGUUGGUUGUACUUGUAUAACAGAUAGAUUUCGCCAGUAUCAAAAAGAUAUUCUCAAGAAAGCACAGAGAGAAGGUUUAAAAUAUGAUAAUAUUUACGAACUUCUACACUUGGUUGGCGGAGACGUUUUUAUGGAUAGUGUAAAAUCUCAAUUGAACAGAAUAGUCGCAUCCAUGUUCAAUAAUCUAUAUUAUAGUAUUCCGGAAGUUGCCCCAUCAAAGCUAUCCGAGGAGGAACAUUGUGAUAUGUUCAUAUAUCCAAUUACUCGUUCGUUUCAUCGACCCGAAAAAGAAUAUGAACUUGGAUUAAAUCGUGCCACCGCAAGAUCAAAAACAAGACCCGAUCUUUCGUGUUUAGUGAAUGGUGUGGCAAUCUUAAACUCAGAGUUUAAGCCAUUGGGUUUCACACCAUUACAAGGAAAAAAGGAUAGGUUGAAAGCUCAAUUGAAAGGGAGAAAAUCAAUAAACCAACAAUUAGAAAGAAAGGGAGGUCCAGGCGAAAGUGCUAUAUUUUUAAACCUCGGUGAUUCGAUGGAAUCCUUUAUUAUGGAUCUAAAAUUUGACGGUUUAUACCGUUCCUGGCUGUUUCUCAAAACAAAGGUGGUAGUCGACAAAUCUGCAAUUCCGUUAGCAGAAUUCGCGAUAAGUCAUUUCGUUGCUUUGGAGAAUUUCAAAUAUCGAAGUGAUCAAUUUACACCACCUACACAAAUGUCUUAUAUUCGCAAACUUCCAGAUACGCCACAAGAAAAAGAUACUGCACAUGAUGGGUUUGAUUUUUCAGAUGUUCCAAGCUAUGCAGAUGCAAAACUUAUUCAAGAAGAAGAAAGUUUAAGCAAAUUAGAAACAGUCUAUCAACAUUAUCUUAUGAAGAAGCUGGAUAUUUUUGUUUCCAAAUACCCAAGCAUGCAACUGAAACAUGUAGAUACUCACCAGAAACCUAUUCUUAAGGGACAAAAACCAGAUAUUAUCUUCUAUUUGCAAGAUCGAGCCAUCUCAAAUAUCAAUAUUGUUUCUGUUUUAGAGAUCAAAGUCACUGAAAAAGAGGAUGAAUGGGUGAAAGCCACAUCUCUUGCAGAAUCACAAGGAGGCAACAGGGAUUUGACAACUUGUCAUCAUAUUCAAUUCAUUAAAGCUGUAUUGACUGAAAAUAAUGAUACCUAUUUCUAUAUAACUGGUAUCCUUCCAUUUAGAAAAGUUGGAUCCCAUUAUCUUGCACACUUUUGUUUAUCAACAUCAGAACUUCUUGGAUUUUCACUUCCAACAAUUAAAUAUCAAGAAAAAAUAUUUGAGGCGACAGAGAUACUUGGAACUGGCGCAACAAGUACUGCUUACUUACUUGGAAAUGAUUAUGUCUUAAAGAAUGAUAUGAUAUCUAGACGUUAUCCAUACCAACUUGGUAAAGAUAUUCAAAAAGGAAUCAACACAAAUCAUAUUGCGUUUGCUGAUAAACAUCUUUCCGAGUUUCCAUUGGAUUUGGUAUCAGGUUAUUAUACAUUAGAAAAAAAAGGAACCACAAUAGAAAAACUUGAUGUGGUGAUAGUUGAAGCAACAGCAAUAACAGAAGAAGGUCACAUAAUUCCUGGAGCAUCAGUUGGAGCAACACCCGAAAUUGUUCAAUCUGCAGCUCAUGUGGUGAUUGAAGUUAAUACGGCGUUACCUAAUUUUGAAGGAUUACAUGAUAUCACAUUAAGCAAGUUUGCACCUUAUAAAUUUCCAAUUUUAGUUCAACGUGUUGAUGAUAGGGUGGGAACUCCAUACAUUCCAUGUGAUAGUGAUAAAGUAAUAGCAGUCAUAGAGUCAACGGUGUUAGAUAGAACAACAGAUAGUGAACCCCAGGAUGCUACAUCACAUAAGAUUGCGAAUAAUAUACUUGAAUUUUUGGAGCAUGAAGUUAGUAUGGAUCGGCUACCAAAACAAUUGUUACCGUUACAAUCCGGCGUAGGAAAUAUAGCAAAUGCUGUUAUUGGAGGACUUGCCGAUGGACCUUUUACUGAUGUAGAAGUUUGGACAGAAGUAAUUCAAGAUACAUUUCUUGAUUUUUGGGAACAUCAUAAAUUGUCAUUUGCAUCGGCAACCAGCGUAGCAUUUUCACCAACAGGAUUUAAAAGAUUUUAUGAGAUGUGGGAUUAUUUAAAGGAUCGAUUGGUGUUGAGAAGCCAAAGUGUUUCCAAUUCGCCGGAAGUUAUUAGAAGAUUAGGUGUUAUAGCGAUGAAUACUCCUGUUGAUAUAUAUGCACAUUCCAACUCUACACAUGUAUGUGGCACAAGAAUGUUGAAUGGGCUUGGUGGAUCAUCAGAUUUUUUGAGAAACUCUAAAUUAAGCAUUAUGCAUACACCAUCUACAAGACCAACAAAGAAAGAUCCAAUAGGAAUUUCCUGUGUUGUACCAAUGUAUGUAAUAGUGACAGAACAUGGCUUAGCGGAUAUAAGAGGCUUAUCGCCGGUAGAACGAGCCAAAAUGAUAAUUGAUAAAUGUGUUCAUCCGGAUUAUAGAGAUAUCUUAAAAGAUUAUUUUGAAAUCUCAGAAAAGAAAUGUUUAAAAAUAGGUGCAGCACAUCAACCACACAUGUUGGAUAAAGUAUUUAAAAUGCAUUUAAAUGUCAUGGGCGAAGAAAAUACUAUGAGAAUUAAAUCUUGGGAUUAA